AUGGAUUUCGUCUUCGGGUUGCCCAAAGACGCACGCGGGAAUACGGGUAUUCUCGUAUUUGUUGACAGAUUCAGCAAAAUGGUACACCUUGUGGCUGUACCAGAGACAAUCACGGCAAGUGGCUGUGCUUGUGCCUUUGCUGACACCAUCUUCCGACUUCAUGGGUUGCCCCGUGAACUCGUAUCAGACAGAGAUCCACGAUUCACUGCUGAUUUCUGGCGUUCCGUGUUCAAAUCACUCGGAACGCGCUUGAAGAUGUCGACAUCUGAUCAUCCAGAGUCAGAUGGUCAGACGGAACGUGCCAAUCGUGUCCUUGAAGAGAUAUUUCGAGGAUACGUACACUCCUUUAAGAGUUGGAGUGAGUUUUUGCCAAUGGUAGAGUUUGCCAUUAACAACUCGGUGCUUGCGUCCACGACACAUACACCGUUUUACGUGAAUGGCUUGCGCCACCGCGUGUACCCACCUUACUAG